GGCCGGGCCGGCGUGCGCGUGCGCGGUAGCGGCUCGCGCUAGCGGGGGCGGCGAGGCGGUUGCUUCGAGUGUGCUGGUUUGCUCCCUGAAGGGAGUGAGGGCGGUUAGGUGUUGGCGACCAAUUUCGCCCUUCUCGGGAGCUGUCCUUUGCUACUCAGAUGUAAUGCACUUUAAGUUUGUUAUUCAGCAGUGAAAAUGAGUCAUACAGAGGUUAAAUUAAAAAUACCUUUUGGAAAUAAACUGCUAGAUGCUGUUUGUUUGGUACCUAACAAGAGCUUAACAUAUGGAAUAAUUCUUACACAUGGAGCAUCAGGAGAUAUGAAUCUUCCUCAUUUGAUGUCACUGGCAUCCCACCUUGCAUCUCAUGGGUUUUUUUGCCUGAGAUUUACCUGUAAAGGCCUUAAUAUUGUACAUAGAAUUAAGGCAUAUAAAUCAGUUUUGAAUUACCUAAAGACCUCAGGAGAAUAUAAACUUGCAGGUGUUUUCCUUGGAGAACUUGUUGGAGAAAGUGGCACAGAAAAUGCAAGCUCCCAGUAAAAUCCACUGGAUUGAGAAGGCAAAUCAUUCCAUGGCAGUGAAAGGACGGUCAACAAAUGAUGUUUUCAAAGAAAUAAAUACACAAAUUUUGUCUUGGAUUCAAGAAAUCACUGAAAUGGACAAGAAAUAAUUGUCAUUAGUUAAAAGCCAUGUUAUUUUGAAUACAAAUACAGUUAAUUUGAUAAAGAACAGUAUAUCUACCAGCAUUUUGAGAUAUACUUCAGACUAAUUUAAUGUUCUUUAAUGUUCCUGUUUUUUAAACACCUUUAAUUGUGAAAUUAAUGUCUUUCACAAAAUGUCUUUUGAAAGCACUGUUAUAGUUGUAUAAAGAUGAUGUAAAAAUAUUGAAGGUGGUUUAAAUAUAAUUUAUUUUCAUUAGUAUUGUUAAGUUUUGAAAAUUAAACAUUUGAAUUUUGUUACAAUGGUGCUUUUGUCUUACUGAUAUGCAAUUGAGAAACUAUUAAUUUUACAGUGCUAUUGUUAAAAGAGGAAAACAAAAACUUACUGUAGCAUAUAUAGUUAGUGAUUUAUAGAGGGUAUACAUAUCACCUGAAUCUUUUAACAAAUUUGAUUAAAGAGGAACAGAGACACAUUUCAAAUAUGAAAACCCUAAAUACUAUUUUUAGCAUGAAGUAACAACUGUCAUUCA